AUGGUACUCGGUCAGCUGAAGACAGACGACGACCCAAUCAAUCCAUUUUCGCAAAUAUUUAUUUUGCGACCAAACACUACCGGAUCAUUUUUCAUUGGGAAUGAAAUCUUUCGUCUUGAUCUUCAUAACAACUAA